AUGCUAGUUAAUGGUUUCACAAGACAGCUAAAAGGUUGGUGGGAUAAUUAUUUAACUACCGAAGCAAAAUAUGCUAUUACUCAUGCAAUUAAAGUUCAUCCUAAUCAAUCUGAGGCUAUGCCAGAUUCAGUUAAUACACAGUUUUUAAGCUUGUAUAUUCUUGUUCUGUAUAUUCUUGUUUCUCGAUCCUGUUAUCAUCCUCGAUCUGAGUCUCCUGCCACUACAGAUUCUGUCGAGUCCUCCGACAAUUCUGCAGUCAGUGAAAGUGUCACUGCAUCUGCAGAUAGCUGCCAAGGUUCUGAUGUUGUUGCUGCUGAAGAAAAUGUCGUGGAAACCGACAAUAAUCACGUAAAAAAUAUCUUGGGUGAUAACCAAGAUCCAGUUAUCACAUCUGAUAAGGAUGUCCCUGUGCCGCCUCCACCUGCUACCGAAGAAAGCAGUGAAAAUGCCGAAGAAGGAAACAUCGAUGAAGAAAAACCAGAGAUAAAGCUGGAGACAGCCCCUAGAGAUUAUCGUUUUUCGACUACAAAUCGAAGCAGGCACUGCUUUACCAGAUACGUUGAGUACCAUCGGUGUGUGGGUGCAAAGGGAGAAGAUGCUUCUGAAUGUGAUAAGUUUGCAAAAUUCUAUCGGUCACUUUGCCCAGGCGAAUGGGUGGACAGAUGGAAUGAACAAAGAGAGAAUGGUACAUUCCCAGGCCCUCUGUAGAAUGAAUGAAGGAUUCCAGAUGCAAGUUCUUG